AUGAAGCAGAUUCUGGCAGAAGUGGCAAGAGAGUCUGUUGUAGAACAGACUGACGAAGAAGCUCGUCUGGAAGCUCAGCGACGCUACGCGAAGAAGAAGAACACUGGCAGACCAAAGAAUCUGCCUGGAGCUCCUUCUAAGAAGCGCUCUGCAGAGAUGCCUCUGGCAGUGCAAGCCCGUGUUCUGAAGCAGAUGAGGACAGAGAUGCCUGGCUUUAGUUCUGAGCAGGACUUUGCUAAAAGCAUGAGCCAGAAACUUGGUCUGGACAAGAAGUACGUCAAGAAGCUCUGGGCUAGAAGAGACCACGUUCUCUUGCAACAGUCUGCGCGGAACUUUUCUGUGCUCCCUGGCAAGCACCUCUCUGCCAGGUCUGGUAAGGGCCGUGCGAAGGUUACUGCCAGAAAAAGAGGGCAAGGCUUCCGUCUGACAGGAGCUGGCCGCAAGACAGAGUUUUCUGCCGUGAAGACCGCUCUGCGGACCUGGUUCGAGGAGUCUCGUGCCUACGGGCACUCUGUGAAGAAGCGGCAUCUGCUGUCGCAGUGGCAGCUUCUGCUGAGCCAGGAGCUUCUGAAGCUCAAGUCUGCGAAGAGUGCCUCUGCAGACUCCUUCGAGCGGGGUCGUCUGGAUCAAAAGAUCUCUGAAGGCGAGAAGCAGCUGCAGUCUGCUGCGAAAGAUUCUGGCAAGAACCGUCUGAGGCAGCUGUUGCUGGAUGUCGGUGCCAAGAAUCUGGAGCCGGAUCUGAAGACGAAGCUGUCUGAGUCUGAGGAGAUGGUCUCUGCGAAGCUCACUUACCAGAGUCUGGACCGCACUCUGUGGACAGCCUGCUUCGCACCUCUGGAGGAUCUGGCGACCAGGGUUGCCAAGCCCUCUGAGUUCAGAGACCAUGUCUCUGAUUUGGUCGUGAUCUGCUCCGACCAAAUCCCUCUGUGGAUAAAGUCUGGCAGCGAGCGAGAGCUGUUUGCUGAGUGGGAGCACAACCCUCUGCCCCAGCAGCAUCUGCGAGAGGCUCUGAAGAAUCACCAUCUGACCUCCUCUGACCAGGUGAAGUCUGGCGAUCUGGUGGCACCUCUGCUGCAGGCUGUGAAGCCGUCUGCUGAAGCUGCCCGUGCCUCUGGUCAGAGGCAGAAGAGGGCCUUUCUGGACGCGGACUCUGUGCGCUACCGUGUCACCUACGAGGCCAGGCAAGCUCUGUACGGCCUCUGCAAAGACCCUGCUCUGGAGGGCGAGUCUGGUUUGAGCGGGCAAGUUCUGCCUGGUCUUCUGGUGGUGCACGGCUCUCACGCUCGUCUGAACAACAUCGACAGCUCUGGUCGAUUUCUGCGAGACGAGACGUUUGAGUUCUCUGGCAAGAUGAUCUGCCGCAAAGCAGGCUCUUCUGCUGGCAAUCUGCUCCGUGGCUGGAGGCAGGCCCGGGACAAGGAUCCUUCUCUGUUUCGCCAGAUCAGUCUGAUGAGCCAGCCCUCUGCGAAUGUGGAUGGCAUCAUCUUCGCCUGGGCUCAGGAGGAGCUGGCUGCUCUGGCACCUGCCUCUGUCCAUGUCCGCGACUGCUUCGCGGCGGCCUGGUCUGUCUCUGGGGCAGAGUCUCUGUUCUACUCGCAGAGUCUGCAGACGGUCAUUGGACCGAAACUGACUGCGAGUCUGCAACUGACUGACACAGACUAUGCCAGAUCUUUCAAAAGUCUGGCAAGGUCUGCCAUGGACGACCUGAGGCAUGCCGGUCAGACUGCUCUGCUGGCAGCUGGCGAGAAGGAGUUCUGGCGAGCGAGCCAUCUGGACAUGGCGACGGCUGUGGUGCAAGCUCAGACGAAGAUGUCUGAGCGACAGGCCUCCAAAGACUGGAUCGUGUCUGGUCUUCGCCGCAACGGUCUGCUGGCUUACAGACCGGACUUCACCAAGCAGACUCUGGUGCCUCUGAAAGACGAAGACUGCUGCGGCGCCUCCAUGGGUUCUGCAAGGACGAAGCCAGCCUGGCUGAAGGACCGCUACUCCUGGCUGGAUGCAUCUGGCAUUCCAGCCCAGCCGGACUGGUCUGCUCUGCACGGAGCCAAAGUCGUGGCGGAUCUGGUGGAAUGGAGCUACUACCACUCGGACUCGCAGGACGAGGCUCUGGAAAACCAGGUCUCCGAGGCCCUUCUGAACGUGCACGAGAUGCCACUGGAUCUGCAGCUCCCCUGCAUCGAAUCUGGCGUCCUGACACUUUCUCUGGACCUGCAACGUGCAGCCUGGCAGAAGCAGCUCUCUGCGGACAAAGACACUCUGCACAAGAAAACUGUCAAGCGAGACGUGAAGCAGAUGAUCACUCUGGCCAAGCGGAAGCUUCGAGGAAAGCUUCUGGAAGCCAUGAGGCAUCGUCUGACACAGAUGUCCCGACAGCAAGCUUUGCAACGUCUGGUGCCGAGAGCCUCUGAGAAGAAGCCCUCUGUCGUGAAGAAGGCCGUUUUGAAGCAAAAGAAAAAGACGGCCCUGGCCCACGCUGCGAAGGCUCUGGCGAAGGCCAAGGCUCUGGACGACAAGCCCUCCGGCGACUCUGCUUUGGUUCCUGGCCCUGCUCCUGCUGACCCCGUCGCUGAGAAGGCCUCUGAGCUGAAGGAGGCAACGAAGGGCCCUCUCUACGGCCGAGUCUGCAGGAUUCUGCGAGAGGACCACACCUGUGGCAAGUCUGGCAAGUGCUCUAUGCACAACCUUCUGACGAACCAGGUGUCUCUGAUUGGUGUAGGGGAUGCCUGUGCCACCGUGAUCCUCUCUGACAAGGACGUCUGCGAGGUUGAUCCACUCUGGCAGACUCCGAAGAAGUGGAAGAAUCUGCGCCUGAAGAGGGAGCUGAAGCAGACUGUUCUGCGAGCUUGCGGUGGCUCAGCCCUCUUUUUGGAGGCUUCUGGUGGGUUCUUCGCUGCGGAGCCUGUGGAGUUGCUGAAGUUCAAGAAGUCUUUCCCGCAGAUGCUUCUGGACCAGCAUCUUCGGUACGGCUGGGAACUUCUGCGGUACAAUCUGAGCGACUCCGACGAGAACUGGUUCCUGGACAACAAGAUCUGCAUGGUGGACCCGAAGCUCUCUGGGCAGCUCCUCGCCGAACACGACCGCCCCGAGCUUCUGCAGACUGCUCUGGACAGACUUCGCUCUGAGAACAAGCUGCUGUUCGUGCCCGUCUGGGGGCACUCUCCGAACCACUGGACCCUUCUGGUCCUGCAGCGAGAAGACCUCUCGGAAAGCUUCUCUGUGAAGUAUCUGGACAGCCUGUCUGAGAAGCACGAGGAGUGCUCUGUGAACGCUGCCAGGCUUCUGUCUCUGCUUCUGCCGGCAGAGACUCUGCCAGAGAGAAGCUCCUCUGGCACCCAGAAGUCUGACGAGUGCGGCUUCUGGGUUCUGGCCAACAUGCUCUGGAUCCUGUACCCUCUCUGUCUGGAAGGACCCUGUUCUCAUGGCUCUCGCCACAAGCUGGUUCUGGAGAUCAUGUCUGAGCUGAAGGCCUGGCUCAUCCAGCUGUCUGGAGAGCAGGCCAAGCUCUCAAAAGAGCUUCUGGACAAGGAGAAGUCUCUGGACAAGCUUCUGAAGAGCAACCGCCUGCGCUCUGAAAAACUGGCAGCGAAGUCUGCAGAGGCCUCUGCCACAGGCCUGAAGCUCUGGAAUCUGGCCAAGCAGCUCCUCACUCUGAACAAGGAGCCUGAGGCCAGUGAUUUGUCUGAAGAGGACAAAUCUCGCAUCGAGCACGUCCGUCUGACAGGCCUGGGCGUCUGUUCCAGAUGCCACUGGCAAAGUGGAUGUUUGGACUGUGAUCCUGCGAAGCUGGAGCGGCAGCGCCGGCGCUACUACCGGGGCAACGUGGACUCGAGGUCUCACCUGGAGCGCGAGGAGGAGAAUAUUCGUCGUCGCCAGGAGCACCGAUCGAGGCUUCCGGAGGAGCAGAAGAUAAGGGAAAUGGACGAGCUCCGCGACUGCACCUUCCGCCCCUGCCUCGUCAAGAAGCUAAGCUCCAGCCCGACGACGCCGCGGCAGCCAGGCUCCCCUAAGAGUUUGUUGGGGACCUCCGGCUCCAUCGCCGAAGAUCUGGCGUCCACCGUUGGACAGCUCAGUCCUGGUAUGGUGGCGUCGAAGCUCCAGCAGUAUGUGGAGGUGCAGCGCCGGGCUUACGACCGCCUCCAGCUCCUGGCUGCAGAAGAAGGACCGUUGAAAGAGCGACUGCGCCAACUUCAUGCGGAUUUGCACGACCGUAUACAGAAAGAGGAAACCGCUCGAGUGGUUGGCAUGUUGCAAGAUGCGGAUGCCGGCUCGGCAUCCCAGAAAGAUUUGAUCCAGCGAGUACGCGCGAUGGUGGCCGAGGGCGCCGACCCGGAAUCAGCUCAGCAGCAGAUCGUGGAGGAGCUUGUCCAUCAGUCCCAGGACGAGGUGCGCCGACGGGUCGUGGAGCAGUUUGGGCCACUGCGGCUGGAGGCUGAAGGAGAGCUCUACAACCGGCAGCUCGCAGUGGCUCAUGAGCUGGAAGCCUUGGAGGCUCGGGUCAUCGCCCUACGCGGGGGAACGUUGUGCGAGGAGGCCAAGAAUCUCGGCUUCGACUUCGGCCUUUCAGCACAGGUGCGGCAGAAUCUCCGUGCGAUGCCCGGCGUCCGGCGUGCCAAUUCCGGAAGUAGCUCCAGUGUGCCCAUGCGCUACGCGAGCUCCCUGUCACAGCGGGAUUCGGAGAUGAGCAUGAUGGAUGUGCCGCGCAGUAGCUCCCAGACUGUGGUGACGCUGGCCAACGGCGGAGCAGCUUCAGGUGGAAGCCCACGCGGCGCCUCGAAACCCGAUCUCGGCUUCGUGAUCUCACCACGCUCGACCUCUCCGAAGGACAUUCAUCCGCCGGCCGAUCUGGCGUUCGCGUGA